AUGGUCGGAAGUCGGACCGGACCUUGUCUUACCACCACCACCGUUCUUUUGCCAAAAUCGGUACAUUGCAACAAGGCCGUCUCGAGUUCCUUCGUUCAAUCGUGGAAGCACAGCACCAGGUACCCUCGCCAGAACAUACCAAUGUGUCGAUGGGAUCCAAGCGUCAAACUGAGUCGUUUGCGUACAGUUCAAUUCUACAUUACCAGCCAACAGACCCCGAGUUUCGCAGAAGCGUCCCCAGGUAUGACUAGAACUUCCCAGCCUGACUCGGAGCGACCCUCUCGCGCUAUGCCCCUGACUUUCUCCACGGAGCAUUUGGAUUCACUCCGACAAGGCGACCUCGAGGCGACCCACUCGAUAUAG